AUGCCUGGAAUUCUCCCUAUGAAAGUGAUCAAGGUCGGCAACGGCUCGCAAAGUCGUAUAGCUCAGGCCUGCGAUCGGUGCAGAAGCAAGAAGAUUCGCUGCGACGGAAUUCGACCAUGUUGUACCCAGUGCGCAAAUGUCGGUUUCGAGUGCAAGACAAGCGACAAGCUUAGCCGUCGAGCGUUUCCUCGAGGAUACACGGAAUCAUUGGAGGAACGAGUGCGGACCUUGGAGGCGGAAGUGAGGGAUUUGAAGAAUCUGUUGGACGAGAAGGACGAGAAGAUCGAUGUGCUGUCACGUAUACACUCUUUUUCGCCAGCUUCGCAACAAAGAGUUCAGACUACGUCUCAAUCACCGUCCUCUGCGGAAUCUGCUCGCCCCAAGGUGUCCGAGGCUGCCGAAGAAGCGAUUCAGAUUCCUGAAGUGCCAUCUUCGCCUGGGCCACUUGAUAGUCUGUGUGUCGGUCUUUCGAGUGCUCGAGGAUUUUUAGAUGUUUUCGCAAGAGAACUCAAAGAGCAGGGACGGCCUCUUUCUGGCAUUUCAACUCAGACUCUGACAGCCUCGCCUCCGGCCAUCUCUCAUGCCCGCGUUGAUCAAGCCAUAAAAACCGCCCCACGGCUUGUCUCUGACCAACUCAUCAAUAUCUUCUUCCAGGAAUGGGCGCCUCUGUACCCCGUCGUCCAUCGGCCGACCAUCCUCAAAGCUUAUGAAAAGUAUCUAUCGAACACAGAGUCUCUGCAGGGCACUACACAUGACAUGGUGCAACUGAACUUGAUUUUCGGGAUUGCUGCUCUUGCUUCUACUUCACGAACGAACCAGGAUCCCACCUUUUUCGAAGACAACUGGUCAUCAACCCUCGAGACUCUGUCAAACAGCAUUUCUAUCUCGACACUGCAGUGCUACGUCCUUGCUCAGAUGUAUUGUAUGACAAAGGGGGACUACACAGGUCUCCUCCGCUAUCGUGGCCUGGCCGUUGGCCUUUGCCAUCAACUAAGGCUCCACCAGAGCCAGAAGCGAUUUUCUUCCAACCCGCUGGUUGCCGAGACUCGUAAGAAGGUGUUCUGGUGUCUAUAUGUCCUUGAUCGUCUUACCGCUGCUUUGACUGGCUUGCCAGUCCUCCUACGCGAAGAGGAUAUCCGUACUGAAUACCCCGAGGACAUUGACGAUGAGAAUGUCACCGAGACCGACUUCUUGCCGACUCUGCCGGGCGAGUCGACCCGUAUUUCGAGCGCCCUUGCACUAUUCAGGGCAUCUCGAGUUCUGAACAAAGCUCUGGAGUAUAUUUUCCCGUCGGACGGUGGUCAUGAGAUAUUGGUGUCGAAGAUGCGUUCGGUUGCCCAGCAAUUGGACGCAUGGGUAAAGGCCCUGCCUGCUCACCUACGCCUCGAAUUCUCACAGGACAAACCAAGUACAAACAUCACGAGCAGCCGAUCGCCCCUUCUGUCUCUGGUUUACUACUAUAUCCGUUCUCUCAUUCAUCGCCCCGCUGUCUGCUUUGGCGAAGAACAUAUUCGCUCUCCAUCAAUUCUGGCUACUUUUGACUCCUGCAAGCAUAUUAUUCAGAUUCUCCAGCUGCUUGACGAAAGGCGUCUUUGUCUCUCGAUCAGUAUCAACCGGAAAGAGCUGGUGUUCACUUCUGGUUUAGGUCUUUUGUGGCAAAACACGGGGCUCAAACGCGAAAGCAAGCUGCUCAAGGAGUGCCAGAAGUUGCUUGCCGCCGUUAUUGAUCAGCUCGAGCGCGAGUCGGCUCGAGCGGCAGCAGAGUUCAGCUCGGUAGCCAGUCUGUUAGUUUCCUUCGACAGUGACAAGCGGGUGACCUCCGUCAACAACCAGUCCAUGUCCCCACCCGCACAGAAGCCGCUUAAGUCACCCAAGAAGCAGCUGCAGUCUUUGAAAUCACGGUCGGCUAGCGAUGAGGCGCCAAAUCAGCCGACCGAAUCGCUGUCACGCAGAUCGACCAUUUCGGGUACCAGUACUGGUGCCCCUCAUCGUCAUCUUCGAUCUCCCAGUCGGGUUAGCUUGCCAUGUGAAAAUUAUCCCGCUCCACAACAGUCCAUGAACAGGGCUUACUACACGUCGCCGUCUAUGGCACAUGAGCACACACAGACCAUGUCGAGCUCGGCUCCCUCGAGUGCCGCCGCGGGUGCGAUGAGUAUGGCUGACUGGGAAUUUGUUCUGAGUGACAUGGAUCACGGUUACUCGAACAUAUUUACMGGCAUCUACGGGGGCACAGAAUGUGGUGAGGACAGUGGUCCAUUUGCUUCUUUGACUGCGGGCUACGCUCCUCCAGCGGAUCAAAGUCCCAUGCCGCCGUCUGCGUCGACCAAGGAUGUUCCGGGUCUGUCACCCGAAGCCUGGUCGGCCAGCAGCAACAGCGACUUGCUGCCAAGCCAUGAGGUCAACCCAGCGCCGCAGAGCGUCCUCAGUUUCUCCGACGAAAGCUUGAGUGUCGAAGAUAGGUUGCCAUACCAUGAUUUGCAGCUGCCUCUGGACGAUUUGGACCCAUUCCGGGGAAUCAUGGUCCCGGCAGUGGACGACGAAAUUGAUGAAUUUGGAAUGACUAACGGUUGGGACCGACGGCUGGCCGUCUGA